AUGAAAGGAACCCACCCGGCUGUAUGGAUGGUCAUGUUGACCUUGAUACUAACACAAUUUCUCCUGGAUGAACGGUUUGUGUCAGUGUUUGCAAGCAUGUACAAGACGCCCCAUGAAAAUCGCGGGUUGCAAGAGGUAACGAAAACGCCCCAAGAAAGACGUGGGUUGCAAGAGGCAACGACGAAGCAAGAUUUUCAGCAUGAUGCUGAGGUUGGAGAUGAAACGCCUGAUAACGCUUCUUUUCAGGACGAAUGUGCUUUUGUUCGUAACUUAACUUCCUUUUAUGCCAGGCACAACAAGAAGCCUCCAACGACCACUGUCGUUGUGACUGCCAACCUGAUUCCAACCAUGCCCUCCACAGCCAUCUUUGAGGAUACUCUGGACUCAUUGUCCAUGCUCAUUGGUCUUGAACCCAACACACCCAUUAUUGUUACUGUGGAUGGACUUGAGAAUGCCAAGGACACGCCUGAACACCGCAAGGACACGCCUGAAAACCGACAACGUCUGCAGGAAUGGGUGUCCCGUGUUCGGUCCAUGUUCAAGUGCCAUCCUAGUGUUCAAGUUCUUACAAACUUUAUUCAUCAACAGCAAACCAACCUCCUUCGAAUGACGAUGGAGCAAGUCACAACUGAAUUCGUCUACGUGAUAGAGCAUGACUUUCCUUUCACCAAGGAAAUUGAUCACCAGCUGAUGGUCCGGGCCAUUCGCAAUGUCCCCGAACUCGAGAUUGUCCGAUUCAACAAGCGCUGGAAUGGGAACAUUAAAGACUUUAUGGGUGGCUGUCCACACUCAAACUUUACGUUUUCCGGCAUGAAUUUCUUUCACGUGAAAUGGUCCAACAACAAUCACUUCACCACCAAGGCUUACUAUGACUGGAUGCUGCCACAGCUUGGUACAGCAUUACGACCACCGGAGCAUAAAAUGAUGGCUCUGCAAAAGUACAACUGUUCCCAUUAUGGACAACACAUGUAUGGUCCAUGGAGGGCUGGAUGGUACUUGCAUCACAUCAAUGGAAAGAGGGAAUCCUAUAACCGCACCCACACGUGGAACAAUCACAAGAGAUGCCCCAACUCCACAGCAGACGUACCAUCGUCCGUGUUGCCAUGGGUGAGGUGUCCAAUGGAAUACAUGACUAUCUAG